AUCUUUCAACAGCUAUUGGGCAAGUAACAAGGACUCACGAUGGCAUAUUCCCGAGAAAGGGGAUUUCGCCAGAGAGCUUUCCGCCAACGACAGAAGGAGAAACAACAGGCGACCGAGCGUCAGCUACUUGAGUUGUCCGAGAAGGCCGCAGCAUUGGAGUUGGAGAGGGAUCAGCUGCAGCGGGCCGUAGAAACUGCCACCAGUGACUCGCAGGUCAGCUGUACCAAUGGGAAGUCAAGCAAUGAGGCACUCGCUGUGAGCUUUUGUUUUGGGGAAGCUACCACGCAGCUCCAGCUGACCCACGCAGACAUCAGGUCACUCACAGUUGACGCCAUGGUUGACAUCUGGAAGAUGGUGGUGCACAAGCUGACCUCCUCUCUUGCCAAGAUGGAUGCUGCUCCGAAGGACAAGCGCUGCCAGUCGCGCGUAGAGGUACUUUCAGCCAUCGAAUUGAUCCAAAUCACAAUCGCAAUUCACCAUGAGGCGCACACAGGAGCACGGUUGGGUUGAAGUUUACUUUUACGGUUUUUAAGUACUUUUCGAAAGUAUUUCAUAUUGUAUUUCGUAUCGAAAGUAUUUCGAAAGUUUCUAAAGUAUUUUUCGCCAGUACUGCUAGCAUUUUGUCGCAUUAUAUUUUGAGAAUGAUCACAUGCGGUGACCCUGGGUUAAACUAAACAAUGAUUACAAAGGAUUGCAAAGGCCAGCAGGUAGAGGGCUGGUAUAAGCUGAGCACCUUGAACCUGAACAGGAAUAUGAAGGUGAUUGACAAUGUGACAUGCAAGACUGCAGGAUGUAUAUGCACCAAAGAUACUCCCAUAUGACGCAAGAGGGGCAGGAAUAAGGCAAAGGGCAAGAACAAGCGUGUGAACUGGCAGGGGUGGAACCCGUGCUAAGGGAUCAGCAGAUCAAAUUUUUGCCAAUCAGCACAAGAGCCCCGUCCAGAGUUUAGCUCAGGCAACUUGUUAAGUAGGGAAGAAUUUAGUAGGUGCGUGGGCCCGGGGACACCUUUGGAGUUGCGAGUGCGGGGAGUAUCUGAUUUACCUUUGUAGUGCUGAAGUUGAAGUAGUAGUAGUCGAACGUCAAAGAGUUAGUUUUAGAGGAGGGUAGAGUAUGCAAUAUGCAAGUUAUAUUGUUUAUGCUUAUGCUCUAUUACCGUGAGUAGCGGGAACAACACUAUAAUGCAGCCAUUUCGACACCGCAGGGCCUUGCCUCUCUGGGUUCAAGGUACCUCUGACAGUUCAUACGGUGUGUUAAAGAAAAGUGUGUUACAACUUGUGAGGCGCAAGCCAUAUUUAAAUUUAUAGUAAAUUGGAAUUCCUUC